AUGGCAUUAGCAGAUGGAGAGGCGGCUUAUUCUUCUUGGGAUUGUGACGAUGAGUACCAGAAAUUCAUCCAAAAGAUGAACCCUCCAAGGGUCACUAUUGACAACACCUCAUGUCCAAAUGCUACAGUUAUUCAUGUGGACAGCGCCAACAAGUAUGGGGUACUGUUAGAGGUAGUGCAGGUCCUCACUGACCUCAAACUCAUAGUCAAGAAAGCAUACAUAUCCUCAGACGGAGGAUGGUUCAUGGACGUCUUCAAUGUGACGAACCAAAGUGGGCACAAGAUAAUGGACGAAUCUGUGCUAGAAAGUAUAAAAGAUUACAUUUACAAGUCUAUCGGGCCUGAUUCUUGCUUUCUUCCCUCGCGGAGGAGAGCCGUUGGAGUGGAGCCUUCCUCCGACUACACCUUGAUAGAGCUAACUGGGACUGACAGGCCCGGUCUUCUCUCCGAAGUGAGCGCUGUGCUCACAAAUCUGGAGUGCAAUGUGGUGAAUGCGGAGCUGUGGACACAUAACGAAAGAGCAGCUGCCGUCAUGCAGGUCACUGAUAGGAAGUCCGGGCUGGCGAUUUCGGAUGCAGAAAGGCUUGGCAGAAUCAAAGAGCGACUUUGCAAUGUGUUCAAGGGGAGGAGUCGAGAUGCCAAGACAACGGUCGCAAUGGGCAUAACCCACACAGAGCGGAGGCUGCACCAAAUGAUGCUUGAGGAUCGAGACUACGAAAGGCAUGAUAAGGACAGGGCAAGUGCCAGCCCCACUUCAAUGGUUUCAGUCGUUAACUGGCUUCAGAAAGACUAUUCUGUGGUGACAAUUCGGUGCAAGGAUCGGCCAAAGCUUCUAUUCGACACGGUUUGCACCCUAACAGAUAUGCAAUAUGUGGUUUUCCAUGGGAGCGUGGAUACUGAGGGCCCCGACGCUUACCAGGACUAUUACAUUAGGCACAUUGAUGGUUCACCUGUCAAUUCAGAAGCCGAGAGAAAGAGAAUCAUCCAAUGUCUUGAAGCAGCUAUAGAACGGAGAGUAUCUGAGGGCCUGAAGUUAGAACUGUCAACAGGCGACAGAGUGGGUCUGUUGUUGGACGUAACACGCAUCUUCCGAGAGAACGGCUUGACAGUCACAAGAGCAGAAGUUUCAACUAAGGGUGACAAGGCUAUCAAUACUUUCUAUGUCCGUGACGCGGCAGGGAGCUCAGUGGAGCUGAAGACGCUCGAGGCCAUACGCCAGGAGAUAGGCCAGACCGUGCUUCAAGUGAAAGGGCACCCUGAUCAGCCAAAGUCACUAACGCAAGAUUCUUCGCCCACUAGGUUCCUCUUCAGCAGCCUCUUUAGACCAAGAUCACUCUGCAACCUUGGGUUGAUUGGGUCCUGA